GCGUUCUGCUAUAAAUAUGGCUGCCUCAGCAGCAGCCACCCUUGACUUUCGCCAGAGACACCAUGGAGUACUUCAUGGCUGCCAUCGCUCGUGAGCGUCAACCUUCCCUCCGGAGAGAGCGCACGUUCCGCCGGCGCCUAGCCUUGGAUGACGUUCCGGACCAGCAUCUUCGCAAUUACCGGUUUCCGAGGCAGCAUAUCGUGACCCUCUGCACGACACUCGAGCCUCGACUGCAGCUGCCUACGGCGCGGUCUCACGCCUUACCAGUGGACGUGCAAGUCCUGCUCGCUUUGCGCUUUUUCGCAAGCGGGAGCUUCCAGACGGCGGUAGGGGACACGGUUGGCGUUAGCCAGUCGAGUGCGUCGCGCGUUGUGGCAGAAGUUACUGACGCCCUGUGCUCGCUCGCUGCGGAGCACAUACGCUUCCCGGCGACACUGAGGGCUGCUAAUGCUUCCGCCAUCGCCUUCUCGCAGAUCGCACAGUUCCCCAAGGUCCUGGGAUGCAUAGAUGGCACACAUGUGCAAAUCAAGCCUCCUAAGGACCAGGAACACGUGUUCAGGAACCGGAAAGGCCUGUACUCGAUCAAUGUACAGGCUAUCUGCAAUGCUGAAGGUGCAAUCACACAGCUGACGUCAAGGUGGCCCGGCAGCACUCACGACAGCUUUGUUUGGGCCAACUGCGACCUGCGGAGGUGCUUCGAAAGAGGGGAAUUGCCUGACGGCUGGUUGCUAGUCAUUGCCAAGUGA